AUGAGAGAAAGACCAGUGAUCAGAGACCCUUCUGUCCCACCCUCUGCUCAACACGGUAUGGCGUCUGAGAACAACGGGGGGAACCCCCGAGAGGUCAAACUGGACUUACAACACGACGACGACGACGCGGGGAGGUUCUACGUCAGACCAAGCCUCGGACUCAAACUUUGGGGGCCGCUCGUCCCAGCAUCAGAUAACAGGCCCGCACUCUGGUCCCUGCUGGGGGUACAAACCGCGGUGGGGAUCUUCUGCCUUUACAGGUUCAGGAAGUUUGCACUCUCCGCUAGGACUGCAGCAGCGCUUAGAAGGGACAUCGCUGACCUCCCGACUUUGAACAGGUUCUCUGUCGCUUCCCCAGGACAGGCAUUCCUCUUGGAGGGGGCCGAGAAGCAAGCAGCCAAGUCGGCUUCCGCGGCGGGGGGUCCCCGUAGUGGGAGGCUGCCCCUCGUCAGGAAGGCGCUCUGGCUCGUUCUGGGGACUGCACUGCUCUCGCAAUCGAUGCUAGAGUUUUGCCGGUUGAAACUGCUCAAGUACGACCCCUGGGCGGAGGAAGCACGUACGGCACGGGACAAGAAGUUCUUCAACGACAUCGUCAGGUUCUACUACGAGGGGGUCGACCCAACAAAAAUCAAGGUCAAGGACCCGGUUUCGGGAGAUGCCAUCUCAACAAACCUGCCGCAAGUCAGGCAGAGCGUCGCUCUCGUGCGCGCACGCGCGGAACAACUCAACCCGGUCAUCAAAUGGUACGGGCCCAUAGAGUUCAAGCCCAUGUCCUUUGGCGAGUACCUCGACAAGAUCGAGUACUUCCUAGAGAUGAACGAGCUUCUCACGGCUAGGAAGAGAAUCAAUGCCAAGUCCCUCGAGAUGCUUACAUUACUCACACACUCAUCGGGAGAGGUCGAGGAAGUCGCACAGAAGAACGCGCAACUGCGGCAGAAAAUUGCAGCAGACCAAGUACACAUCGAACAGCGAACAUCCGAACUGACACACGCUUUGGAACCACAGCCAGAACGGGAACACGAGGAGUCCACAUCACUGGCCGUACCAGCACCGGCCAAGAAAAUCGAACUGCAUGGGAUCGUGCUCGACCCAGAAACAGACUCCCACAAGAACGUCGACGUCGCAGAGGUAUGGAAGUACUACGACCCGUGGUUACAACUGGCACUCGACACCUCGCUGAGCAUAAAGUUUAUCCCGACAGUGCUAUACCCGGAUACUCUUCCCGAACAGGGCAGAAAUGACGAGAGCAACAGCGAGCAAGGAUCAUAG